GACUAAAAAUAGUGGGCAUGAAAAUGUUGCGCUUAACUCUCCCCCAAGCCCAAAAUUUCUAUCAAGAACACCAAGCCAAACCUUUUUUUGCGGAUAUGGUUCAUUUUAUGUGUAGUGCACCAGUAGUGAUUAUGUGUUUAGAAGGAGAAAACGCCAUAAAACUUAAUCGAGAAAUUAUGGGUGUUACUAAUCCGCAAGCAGCCCAGGUCGGAACUAUUAGAAAGAUUUAUGGUGCUAGCAUAGGCGCUAACGCGGUUCAUGGCUCCGAUAGUCCCCACGCUGCCGAAAGAGAAAUAAACUUUUUCUUUCCCCCCGCCGAGAUUUUUUCUUUACUAAUUAUAAAGAAGGGAGGAAAAAAGUAA